AAUUAUAAUCACACAAAUAAAAAGUCAUACGAUCACGACGCGACUUGCCACUUCUUCCAGUCUCCAUUGCCCGCGUGCCAUUAUUCUGUUUAAUCACUUAAUCCAGCUUUUGAGUAUUAACUAUUCACAUUAAUACUAUAUUUGUUUUCAAUUUAACUAACCAUGGCCGAAGCAAUGAGACAAACUGUAGCGUCACUUUUGCAGGGAAUCGAAAGAUACAAUCCCCAACAUUUGUCUACCCUUGAACACUACGUUGAAGUACAGUCUCAAGAGAACACGUACGAUCUAGAAGCGAACCUUGCAGUUCUCAAAAUAUAUCAAUUUCAUCAUGAUUAUAAUUUGGAUAUCACUGUACAAAUCAUGUUGAAGGCGAUCACCAACUUUCCUCAUUCUGAUUUCGUGUUGUGCAAAUGUCUGUUGAAUGAAAAGUUGUGCCAAGAAGCUCCAUUAAGUCAAGUAUUGUUCUUGGCUGAUCUAUUGGAAAACUGCAACUUCAAGGAAUUUUGGUAUAAUGUUCAUGCUACGCCUGAAUUGUAUGCUAAAGUCAAUGGGUUUUUAGAUUCUGUGCGCAAGUUUGUGUGCCAUGUGAUUGGUAUAACAUUUCAAUCUAUUGAAAAACAUUUUCUUAUGGAAUUACUGGGAGGAAUUGAUGAUGCUGCUUUAAAACAUUGGAUACUUAAAUACAAUUGGAAGGAACUGGAUAAUAAAUACGUGUUUGUAGCUAAUCAAGACGAAAAUAUCAAAACCAAAAAUAUUACAGAGAAAAUUGACUAUGAAAAUAUUUUGGGUGUUAUGGCAAGUUGCCGUUAAUUUAUAAAAGUUGUAAAUUCAAAUGCAUUUUUAUACCAAUACUUCAUACAUAAACAUUAUUAACAAUAAAUAAUUUAAUGAAUU